AUGAGUUUAGAAUCACUAACAAACAUUAACUUCCAUCCAUUCCAUAUUAUUGCAAUUAUAGCUCCAGUAAUCACUAAUGUCGGAAAAGAUCGAAUCGACUACAAUUUAUCAGAAAACCAAGUGAUAAGAAACGCAAAGAUAGACCUUGAAAACUUCCGUGUCCGUCCAAAGCCUCACGAUUUGUUCUAUUAUUAUUGUCAUAGUGAUACAUCAAGUGAUUCAUCAAAUAUUUUCUCGAUAAGAGACCCAGAAGUGUGGACCCCAAGUUCUACGUCCUUCUUUACCUUGUUCUUUGCGAUGUGCCCUAUCCGUCCACCUGAAAUUUUUUUGAACAAAUUUCAGUUGUAUCGUCGUGUCCCGUAUUGUUUCCAGUGGAUCUGUGUUAUCAUUGUGUGUUACUUCAAGUUCCCGAUGUUUUGUUGGAAGAAGCUACGGAAUUUUGUCUUGGCAUGUAUCUAUUUUCCUUGCACAUGCUGGGAAAAGUUCUCAAAAAGUCGAGGGUACAUACCAGUUCCUGAAAGUGAUCCGGAAAAUCCACCGGAUUAUCGGACAAACUUAGAACGCGAAUCAACAUCUGGAAACUACGUGCGUCCUCAGGGAUAUACCAACUACGGAGCGGAUGCCGUAAUCCAUGAUACUGUUUCAAGAAGUCCCAAUCAUACAGAGCCUUCGAAGAUUCAUGAGAACGGAUUAAAGAAUCAUAAUCCUUCCGGAAACAAUGAACCAAGGCCCUCUACUCCACCAAAAGAAACCGUAAAGAAUAACAAACCUGCUCCAACUUCGAUCAGCAUUUGGAAUGAGUUUGAGUCUUCGACGUACCCACAACUUGAAACAGAAGACCCUAUCGAUCCAGAUACAGAACAAGACAAAAAAAAUGUUGAAGAAUACGUGAAACAGUUAGAAGCCAUACGGAGCGGAUGCCGUAAAUAUGAUGAAGAGCACAAGAAGAGAAUGGAAGAAUUAGAAACAUUAAAGCAGCAACAAGAAGAACGGCACAAUAGUUUGAAAUACGAGCAGCCGCCGAGUGAUAGUGAAUUUGAAGAAGCUCGAAAAAUGAAACAAGAUUUCGAUAAUCAUAUGGAAGAACAAAAUAGGAGACAUGAGGAAGAAAUCGAAGAAAUUAGGAGAAAAAGAAGAGAACAACAGGAAGAAUGGGAUAGGGAGUUCCUAAAAAUGAAAAAAGAAUCUCAACAAAGAUUGUCGGCCUUGUUGCAAUGUAUUCGAAUGCGACUUCGUUUUGAGGAGAAAGAAGAAGAAUGGGGAGACUUCUUAAAAUCUAUCAGAGGGCCUCUGAUAAAGAUCACGAACUAUUAUUAUGAUGUUCAGAAUGAGUUCCGAAAGCCUGCAGAUGUUGAUGAUGUCAAGUUCAUUCUUGCCGAGAUUAGAUUUUUUGCUAAGCUGGUGUACAGCGGACAAGAAACGCUGGCUGAUGCGUAUGACUACUUGGAAGGUCUUUCUGAAGAAUACGAUGACCGUAUUUUCUUAAAAAUGAUUAUGGUAGCGUUAUCGUUUGAGAAUCUCAGGAGGUUCACUUUUUUUCAGAAAUCAAUCAGUGUGCAAGGAGAAAAAUGCGAUGCCAUUGGAAAGGCACUGUUAAAACUAUCAAAUUCUCCAUUGCAUGUGGAAAAUCAAAAGGAAUGUGACAAAGCUGUAGCUGAACUGGAUGCUCAUGCCAUUCCAACAACUGACAGAUUGAAAAAAGACUCAACAAAUACAAGAACAGAAGACUUUGAAGACAUGAAUCCAUCUCCUUAUCCUGAAUGGUUCCAAUCUUUCUCUUAUUGUUAG